AUGCAUCUCUACGUGGCCAUCAUCGCGGCCCUGAGCCUCACUGUCCAGGCUUCCCCGCGGCACGGACGCCUCCGAAUCCUGACCCGGGCCAACGACACGGAGAUAGCAUGUGGCCCGAACACGUACAGCCUCACCUCGGUGAGGUUGGCCGCCGACGCGGCUUGCCAGCACGUGGAUGCUGGGACAACGGCCGGCAGCUCGAGCUAUCCUCAUACGUACCGGAACCAGGAGGGGUUCGACUUCAAUGGGGUUGACGGACCUUUUGUCGAGUUCCCGAUGAAGACGAGUGGUGUUUACAAAGGCGGCAAGCCUGGCGCCGACAGAGUCAUUAUCAACCAGAAGUGUGAUUUGGCGGGCCAGAUCACCCAUUCGGGAGCCCAGGGCAAUGCCUUUGUGGGGUGCGAGGGGACGGAUUGA